UCGAAAAAAGCCGGUAGUCCUGAGACGGUGAUCAGCAUGAAAGAGAAAAAGGGGCAACAAGAAACUUGCAUGUCCGGCAUGGAGAUCUGUGAGCAACGACCCGUACCCGCUCGCUCGCCCGAUUCAGCCCUGUUUGCAGUGUGCAAGGAACCAGACGACAACGUCCCGCUACAUGGGAUGGAUGGUUUGUACAACACAGAAAACGGUGCCAAAACUGGACCACAGCAGCAUGCUGAGCUGAAAUGUAUUCUGUUCCAUUAUUUUUUUCUGAAUGCCUUCACAGAGCGAUAUGCGGUUUGGUUAAUCUGCACCGUUCAAUGACAUUACAUACCUACUUUAGGAAGGUGUACUCAUUGCUGCCUGGGACACCCAACGUUGGGUCUGCAAAUUCUGCCGCGCUUCACCAUCCCACAAUUGCUCCCACUUGCCCCACAGCGUCCUCGCAGGCAACACCAAAAUCCAAUUCUGUUUGUUGAUGUGGGUUCCCUUCUUCUCUGGCUGCGUACAUUUUAACCGUCCUUCUCAUGCGCUGUUCGUUCAAGUCGUCUUUCACUCACCCGCGGCCUCACUUUUGUCAAUUUAGGCGUCUUUUGAAAUCUUCACGGCUAUAAGAACCGGGAUCGCGGUCGUCGAUCAUCAAGAUGGUUUUCAAACCGCCUCCAGCUCAGGCGCAACCCUCCAGGUUGACAUCUCCGCCAGGCACAGGCUCCAUUCCUUACGCCCCCUCUGCUCAUCAGGAAGUUUCGUUUAGUGGCCAACCUGUGAACUCGUUCGUAUCUUUCCAGCACAUUUCCGUUUCACCACCUUACCAGAAGUACUCUGCAGACGAACUCAGACUGGCAGAUUAUCAAGCAAAUAGAAGAUACACUGGGUCUCUGAGUGGUACGAAAGUUUUCAAUCCAUCUACUUUGGGAUCAAGCACAAUUGGGGCCGUCAACGGUACGGCAGCUGUCUCAACGCCGAAGGAGACCACUGGAAGCCUAUUCGGAACCAGCAGCACUGGUGGUGGAAGUUUAUUUGGAGCCAGAGCUCCCGCCAGUCUCUUCGGCAACAACAGUGGCGUCAACCCUAACGCAACUAGGAGUGUCCAGAUAAGCGAUAGACCUAGCAUCACCUUUGAGAGCAAUAGCACUGGUGGUGGAAGUUUGUUUGGAGCUCCCGUCAGUCUCUUCGGCAACAACAGUGGCGUCAACCCUAACGCAACUAGGAGUGUCCAGAUAAGCGAUAGACCUAGCAUCACCUUUGAGAGCAAUAGCACUGGUGGUGGAAGUUUGUUUGGAGCUCCCGUCAGUCUCUUCGGCAACAACAGUGGCGUCAACUCUAAAGCAACUAGGAGUGUGCAGAUAAGCGAUACACCUAGCCUCACCUCUGGGGGUAAUAGCACUGGUGGUGGAAUUUUGUUUGGGACUCCAGAUCCCAUCAGUCUCUUCGGCAACAACAGUGUCGUUCACAGUGGUGCAACUAGCAUCUUCAAAGCUAACAACACUACUGGUGGCGCCUUUGGAGGUAAUACUGCUCAGGUCAGGUUGUCUUCGCAGCCCUCCACGCCUACGCCUUCUGCAAAUACUUCUACUUCUACCACAAAUCAGUCUUCAUUUGGCAUAUUCAGUCUGCCCAUGGCGACUACAUCUACCCAACAGAGCGCUUCUCAUACGUUGUUGAGCCCCGGUACCGCCUCGACCAAGCAACAACCUACUUCCCAUCCUGUCUCAGCCAUGCUCUCUAGCACCAUGACACCUAACAGAGACCGCCGUUCAACAUCGGCGACCGGAUCGGAAUCCAAGAGUGCUAGUACGGACCAGGAAAGUAGUAGUAAGGAGGAAAGCGAUGCCACCAGCGAUUACGAAUCGACAAGUGAGUACGGAAACCUUAUCCCAAAGGCACAUUUGCGUCUCCUUGAGCAUCGCUUGGACUUGGAUGAACUCAAUGAGAUUUCGACCACCCCGCUUUUCACAGAGCCAGUCCGCAAGUACGCCAACGCAAUCGCCAAAUCUGCCGGUGGUCAGAAACCGUUUACUCAACACGGCUUGCUUGGUGGAGAUAUUGGCUCCCUUGAAUCGGAAGAGCCAGCCAACCGGGAUCCGCGCGUGUUCUGGAAUAUCGCAGCGCCUUCCAGCUUCUUCAUUUGUGGCAGUCAAGGCUCCGGCAAGAGCCACACGCUCUCCUGUCUGCUAGAGAAUGCGAUGACGCCAUGCGAGGCAAACGUUCUUCCGCAUCCACUGACUGGAAUUGUGUUUCAUUAUGACACUUUCAUAUCCGACACCGGUGGAUCCCCCUGCGAAGUGGCCUGGUUGUCUUCUAAUCCAAAGAUCCAGGUGCGCGUGCUAUGCCCACCGACAAAUAUCCGGACAAUGCGCAAGCUAUAUGGCAGAUUCCCCAACAUCAUGAUCGAGGAGCUUCGCCUCAACCAGUCGGAUCUGGACACCAGGCGUAUGCUUGACCUGAUGGCAGUCAGCUCCGGUACCUCCAUGCCGCUGUACCUCCAUGUGCUCAACCGUGUGCUACGUGACUUGCGCAUUGAGCAGCAAGAAAGGGACGGCGCCUUCGACUAUACCGCCUUUAAGCACAACAUGUUUCGUCAAGAGCUUACGGAUCAACAGCUCGCUCCGCUAAAACAGCGGCUUGACACUCUGGAAAGCUUUAUGGUUGAGCAACAUGCCAAGGCAUAUGAACAUGGCCGUGAACCAAAAUCCAACAGAUCGACCAAGGCAAGCAGAGGCAACGACUGGACCCCUCGUCCUGGUAUGCUUACUAUUGUCGAUCUUUCCUGUCCCUGCGUAACCGCAGAGAUGGCCUGUUCAUUGUUCAACAUUUGCUUGUCUCUCUUUCUGGAACAGGACUGCAACAGCAUCGGGCGUGUUAUUGCGCUUGAUGAGGCUCACAAAUACAUGAGCUCGGACACUGGUUCGGCUGAGUGUCGUACCUUAACAGACCGUCUGCUUGAGACCAUCCGCCUCCAGCGUCAUCUUGGAGCUCGAGUCAUCAUCUCUACCCAGGAGCCCACCAUCUCACCAAAACUCCUCGAUCUAUGCAGCGUCACAAUCGUGCAUCGGUUUACCAGUCCCGACUGGUUGAGGGCCCUGUCUAAACACUUGGCGGGUGUGAGCAAGGGCGGGAAGAUGUUGGAAAAGGCUUUGGCGAUGAACCAGAACAUGGCUGAUGAUGCGUGUAUCGAGAAUACUGGCGUUAACUCGUUGGCUCUGGACUAUAGCGAUCCUGCCAUGGAGCUUUUCUCCAGAAUUGUAGCUUUGCGAGUUGGUGAAGCAUUAGUAUUUGCACCGAGUGCAAUUAUAGGAGUGCAGAAGGCUAUUCCUCGACCUCCGUCUACAUCGACACCUGCACCCAAGCCUGUUGCUGGAUCUGGCCCUAUUCCUCAUGCACAAAACCAACCCAACAACGCCGUCGAGCGGCCUACCGCUGAAAUGACAGAUAAUGACGCUUCGCAAGUCCAGCCCGGGUCAGUGAAAUUAGGCCAGCAAUCUGCUAGCGACAAGCAACACCAGAAGACCGUAACCUCUGCCAUCGCCACCUUGAGUGGAACCGAGAAACUCGCCUCUCCCACUUCGGCGGUGUCACCUGCGACGGUUAAGCGGCUGGCCCACGGCGUGCUCAAAGUGCGUAUCCGCAAUAGGACUACCGCCGACGGAGGCCGGAGCAUUAUGGCUGCCUAGACUUUGGAGGUUUGUUCGAUGUCGCUGUCAGUUUGUGUCGAGCAUUG